CAUGAAGACCCUAUUGUUAUUGCUAGUUGUUGGUGUAAUGUGCCAAAAUGAAGUUGACACAGUCGAAAAAUUAUUGGCUGACUUAAAAGGAGCAUCAGCUGUUGAACUUACAGCACUUAAUACAGAUUAUACAGUUUCUAAAAAUGUACAAUUCUAAUAAGCAUUUUAGCUCAAAGAGAAUAUAAUAUUCAAUUUAGGUAAAGCUUAUUAAGAAUAAAACUUUUUAUGCGCAAGUCGAGAUAAAUCUGUCUCUGAUAGAGAAUCAGAUAUUGAUAAAACAAAUAAAUACAUUGCUUAUUUAUAAAAGAGACUUGUUGAUAAUUCAAACAGAAUUCAUACUCUUGAUGCCAAUAGGUAAAAUAUCCCAUUUAAAAUAGAUGUACACAUUCCUCAAAUUAUAUUGAAAGAGUCAAAAAUGAUAAUAUGACUUUAAGAUUAAUAAUAUUUUUGAGAAACUCACUUUAAAAUUUAGACAAUAAUCAAUUAAAUAGAUAUGGUGCUUAUGUUGAAAAGUUUUUAACAAUGUACAAAUAAGCCAAAAUAUCAGAAUUGGUUGAAUUAGCACAUGAAUUUGCUGAUACAAUGUUUAUUGAUUGGAAUUAAGUUACACCUUCUUCAUAAGGAAAUAUCAAUACUGUUAAAGGAUAAUUAAUUGAAAUGCUUAAUGAUAUGGAAAGGUAUAUAAGAGAACAAAUAAAAAAUGUAUAAAAUCUAGAGAUUGCCACAGGUGUUACUUUGGCUGAUUUCAAGGGAGCUAUAGAUAUAGAAAAUGAAUAAAUUAAUUAUGAUCUUUCAUCUGAAUAAAAGAAUCUCAUAAAAUUAGAAGAACAAUUAGUUUAGGCAAGAUUAGCUGCUGUUAAUUGCAGAGAAAAAGGAGUUGCCUUACAAUAAUAAUAAUAAAGAGCUAUUGAAGUAUACUUUAAUUAAAAUAUUGAUAGGACUUAAAAAAUGAAGAAAUUUAAUAUAAUAAAAAUAAAGCAAGAUUAUAAGAAGAACUUAAUUUAUUUACUGAUGUUUACAGAAUUUAUUCUACUUAAGUAGGAACUUCUGAAGAUAAAUUCAAAUAAAGAGUUGAUGACUAUGUUAAUGAUAGGGUAUUUAUUAAUAAUCUAUAAAAAUAUUAGAAAGUUGAUUCAUAUGAGAGAUCUUAAUAUUCUUUAAGUGAUGCAGUUAGAAAAUAGGUUUAAAAUGAAUGAA